GCGCCAGCGGGAAGGAGGCGUGUGCCCGCGGCGCGGACCCGCUGGUGCGCGCGGCCAUGAGCGCCUAGUCGGGCGCGCGCUCCGCCCUCCGUCCGCGGGGGAACGCAACCCCCGAGACCCGCGAGCGCUGGUAAUCGGGCCCCGGCGACCACUACCCCUUCCGGCCCCCGAGGCCCCGGCCGACCCGGCAGAGUGAACAGAACACUGCAGUCAUAACAUCAGGCACCUAUGUGAGGAAAUUGGACUGUGAUAAUUCACCAUGGCUUAUGGCUUGCCAAGAAAGAACACAGUGAAAACCAUAUUGCGGGGCGGUUGUUUUAAAGUACAGGAACCUUGGGAUCUUGCACUGCUUACAAAGACCUGGUACAUGAACCUAGCCAACAUCAAAUUGCCUUUCUUGGAAGAAAUUACAUUUGGUAGUCCUUUUUACCUCCAAAAAAAUAAAACCACUAAGAGUGCUCUGCUCCCUUCUGCAGAAUCCAUCAAACUUGAAAGGGAGUAUGAGAUGAAGCGCUUGAAAAACCUGAAAUGUCAGAAAAUCCUAGCUGAGGAAGUUCAGUUUUCUCUAAGGGAAAGGCAAGUUGGUUUGAGAAGACCCCUUCCACCUAAGUGACCAUCCUCUCAUAAUUGAAUCUGUACUCUGAGCUUUCCACAUCCAAAGGCAAUGAAGGUCUCCAGCCUUUCACAGUGUGAAGUUUGGUGCAGACAUGAGUACCCACUGGUGGAUGAACCAGCUCCUGUGGGUUGAUGGACAGCUCUGACAGAUCUUCUGUGUCCCUACCACAUACUUGUUCCUUUGUGUCACAAGCAACAACACUACCUUAUUAUGUGGAAAACUCUUAUUUGCAGAAGGGCUAGAGAAUGGGGAACUGAUUAGCUGGAAAAUAUUGGACUUGUGUGAACCAAUUUUCCUAGAAUUUGAAUCCAUUAAGGCACACUUGGAUACCAAAGUUAUAUUUAAGCACAAUUUAGUGUUUGUUAGAUGAAUCAAAGCAUACUUAGGGGGCCGUAAUAUACCCCUGUGGGCCCACAGUUUGACUUCUUAACUAGGGAAUUAUAUCUGGUGGUUGCUGUUUGACAGUAUUUAGAAGCUGUUGUCUGAAUUAUCUUCAGAUACUUUCUUCUACCUAUGAUAUGGUGGCUCACAUGAAGGUCAUUUGUUUUUAGAAGUGUGUCAGUGACCCAUUUGAUUUAGUGAUCCUCAGGCCUGGAAAAAGCUGUCUGUAUGUAGUCUUGAGGAGGUGGAACUGCCACAUUCCUGGUUAGAUUUGCUUAACAAAAUUCAGAUGUGCUUCAUGUAAGAUGCUUAGCUGCCAACCAGAGCCACUCCCAAAGUUUCUUGGCUGAGUGUGUGGGAUUUUCACUAUGUUACCCAGUUGUACCACGUAUCUCCCCUUUUUUCCACAUCUGUUCUCUCCGCUUGUUCUUUCUUCCAUUUGACUAGUUUUUUUCCCCCUUCCACCAAUGUUAUUAUCAUAAAUAUGGCAGCUGAGUUGCUGACUGCUUAAAAUGUGGAAAAUACCACUUUAUAAUUUCUCAACCAAAGACCAGUCUUAGGCAAAAAGUCAGUGUAUUUCUAUUUCUUUAGAAAUCAAAAUCAAUUCAUUGUUUUCUUUAAAAAAUUAAUCACAUCCAGCUGUAUCAACAUAUGUUUUGGACAGUAAUGGGAUUAAUUGCAUGUUUAUUUUUGUAGUUCACAUCCCAUGGAGUAGUUUGUGUACUUUCCCUUUUAGGGUCACUGUUACUAAUUCAUCUAGACUGGAGAUAACACCUCAAAUAGUUUCUUUGAAAACUAGAAAUAUUUUUCAAUCUAUAGCCCACAAUUCUACUGCACACUGUAUCUAACAUUGUUGCUAUUAGUAAGUUUUAAUUUCUUAAAAGUCAUAUUUAUGUAGAUAGGAGUAGAAAGUUAAGUAGUAGUAAGUAGUAGAAAGAAAACUGUAGGUUUUAGUUAAUAGAUCUGGGUUCUAGUCCCCUCCCUUUCUUUCCCUGAUUCAUCAGGUAUCCUUGAGAAACCUUUUUUUUUUUGUAGAAGUUUAUUUAUUUUGAUAGAGAGUGAGUGGGGGAGGGACAGAGAGAAAGGGAGAGAGAGAAUCCCAAGCAGACUCCAUGCCAAUGGCACAGACCUGCAUGUGGGGCUUAAACCCAUGAACUAUGAGAUCAUGACCUGAGCCAAAGUUGGACACUUAACUGACUGAACCACCCAGGUACCCUGAGAAAACGUCUUAAUUUCAAUGGAACUAAGUCUGUUUCUCUUAAAAAAAAAAACCAAACAAACUAUCAAUUAUGUAUACGUAUCCCUAUGUUUAUAGCAGCAUUAUUUAUAAUAGCCAAGUUAUGGAAGUAGCCCAUGUCCAUUGAGUAAUGAAUGGAUAAAGAAGAUGUGGUGUAUAUAUAUAAUGGAAUAUUAUUCAGAGCCAUGAAAAAGAAUGAAGUCCUGCCAUUUGCAAUGACAUUGAUGGAGCUAGAGAGUAUAAUGCUAAGCGAAAUAAGUCAGAGAAAGAAAAUACCAUGAUUUUACUCAUAUUUGGAAUUUAAGAAAUAAAGCAAAUGAUCAAAGGGAGAAAAAAGAGACAAAUCUAGAAACAGUUUCUUAAAUAUGGAGAACAAACUGAUGGUUACCAGAGGGGAGGGGGUAAGGAGAUGGGUGAAAUAGGUGAUGGAGAUUAAGGAGUACACUUGUGAUGAGCAUCGGGUAUUGUAUGCAAUUGUUGAAUCACUAUAUUGUAUAUCUGAAAUUAAUAUAACACUGUAUGUUAACUAACUGUAAUUAAAAUAAAAACUUAAAGAUAUUAAUCCAUUAUGAAUGUAUUUUAAAAGGUAAAAUAAAGAUUUGUUUUUAAAAACCAUA